AUGUCCUCCCGCUAUGAUGACCGAGACUACCGUGGAGGCGAGCCUCGUCGAAGAGAAAGAGACCGUGAGCGUGAACCUCGCGAGCGUAUUGAACCUGCACCCAGAGAGAGGAGGCCAAUAGACGACCACCCCGAACGAAGAGAAAGAGACACCCCGAUGUCUGAUAUCAUGGACAUUGGAAUUGACCGCCGUGUGGAAUCUCGCCCGGAACCCAGGAUGGACCGCAUGGAUAUCGCGAGAGACCCAACCAGGGCCAACACUGCCAGAAGCAUCGAUCCUAUCCGGCCAGAACGUACCGUGGACAGCCGUAGCAUCGAGCCUCCUGAAAGAUUGUAUCAAGAUCCCACCACUGGAACAAUGUACCGCCAACUGCCCCAGAGAUAUCCUCGUGAAGACCGUGACUACCUUGAUCCUGUUCCUCCCAGUCGUCGUAUGCCAAUGGACACACCCAUGAGGGAUCGUGAUGACCCCCCAAGGCCACAACUGCAACUGUCCGAAUUCUGGUGUCCGGGAGAAGGAAUUGAACGCGAAGUUAUCCAACAUGAGAUUUGCAAGUUCCUGGGCCAGGAUGCCACAUGUCGUCCAGGUGUUGAUAACCGAGGACGUCCUGGCUACUGGGUUAGGGCAUAUCGCGCACUUACGACGGCAAUGGAACAGAGUCUGCGUGAUGAGUCGGAGAGAUGGGUGCGCGAAAAAGAGCGAAGAAGACGACAGGGUGAUACUCGAGGUAUGGGCCGUACGACACCUCCAGCAAACGAGUCUAAGGCUCGGACAGGUUCCUAUGCCGACUUGGCAGACUCGCAAGAAAGGACCCAAGAAAGACGACGCUUCACACCUGGAGACAUGGACCUUGACGAGGAUGAUUAUCGUGCGCCUCUCAGGCAUCGUGAACCCCGUGAGCGUGAGCGUGAACGUGAGCGUGACCUGGAACCUCCCCGCCCCGUGGCCACUGGCCGUAUCCCAGUUACCACUGGCUAUCCUCCGGAACCUGGUUAUACCCAAUAUGCCAUUUCUUCUCAACAGUCGGGAUAUGCUCCAGGCCAGCCGGCGUACUACGGAGCAGAAAGAGAACCUAGGACUUUACAUGGCGGCAACACCACGCCCCCAACAUCAGCCAUUAGCCGAGCCGCACCAUCAGCAGGCUAUAGCCAACCCGGAUAUCCAGCAAGGACAGGACCGCCUGUCACCCAGCCGAUAUCAGCGUCUUAUGAUGGGCGGGGGAGGGAUUUAAUGGGUGGUCCAUACCCUCCCAGCUAUCCAGAGACCCGUGCCACUAGAAGAUGA